GAUACACGUAUAUAUACACAUAUAUGUGUGUGUAUAUCUCUCUCUAUAGAGAUAUAUACACACACACACAUAUAUAUAUUAUAUACAUAGAGAGAGAGAGAGACCAUUAAAGCAGUAUUUUAAGACAGAAAGUACUGUCCUCACAAUGAUUACUAAGUAUUUGUAAAGGCUUCAUUAGUGGCAAAUAUACUACAUGUAUAAAUAGAUGUGCAGGACUUCAAAAAGUAGGCCACAUCGUUGAUACUAUGUCUAAACUUUUCUGAGUGUCUCUUAGCAAAUAAAUGGAUCUCUCUCUCUAUUCUUUGUUUUACUUCCCCUUUCCCCAAGGAAAAUCACAUUUUCAGUUCUGACAAUUUCAACCUGAUAAUAAUUGCACCAGUUUCAUUUUGGCAACUGCUAAAAUGGUCACCUUGGGAACCCCAAGCACACACACUGACUGUACUUGCACAGCUCCUACACUGAGCCUUUCAGAAAUUUCCUCCAGGAGGCCCAGCUAUCAUCUCACAAACAGAACCACUGAUCUAACCAGGGCAACCAUCUUUCUGCAUCUGCUCUGAGAGUCUCCCAACUGGCUACUAAAGAGACAGGGAAUCCUGUAUCACUCAUCUCUUGGGCUAAGACUGAAGGUUUCCUUCCAAAGGCAACUACUAUUCUCUGCCUGGGGUCAUGCAAUAAGAACUAUUCUUAUCUAUUCACACUCUAAGCCGUAUUUUUUUCUAAAGUCAGCUUUGUAGUCAAUUACCUCUAAAUUUCCCAUAAGGAAUCAAACAGAAAUGGUACAAAAGACGGGAAAAGCCAAGUAGGUUUGCUGAAAUUGAAGCAUUCUGAAGACAGCUGGGUGCUACAAUGGGUGCGAUGUGAGGAACGUGGUGCACCCACAGACCAACAAUGCCAUUGCUACAAUUUGUGUAGGACGAUCUGAGCUGACAGACACUAGUAAUGUAUCACACCCAGAAACACAUCCCCCACACAGAUUUACUUGAGAGUACCAGACCUGCUCACAAAACAGAGAAGAGCUAAGGGCAUUCUCUAAGGGCUGAGAACUGCUGCUAUUGCCUUGUGAGUAGGGAGAGGGUACUCCUCAGGCCCUAUUUUCUAUCAAAUCAUGUGUCAGUGUUGCAUAGGGGAUAGAGGCACAGUAACUACUCUAGCCAAACGAAGCUAAAUAAACAUAAAUAAAACAUAAAUAAAUAGAAAUAAAUAAAACAGAAAUGCAAAGCUUUAGAGUACCCAUAGAAAAUUUGAUUACCUUGUCACCAUGAGUAAAAGUUAAUUCCAACUCCUGAAGAUAGCAAACCAGCUCUGAAAGAGAGUGAAAAUGCAGACGAGACAGUUAUCAGAUAAUGGCUAUCUGGACAAGAGAGAUUCUUUCAUUUGUCAGCAGUUCGGUUGUUGGGAGUUCCAGUUUGGCUCCUGCCUAGUUGCUCUGUACAAAUCCUCCUCCAUAUUUGCUUAGAGAAAACAUGUUGCCAUCCCAUCGUAAAGGAAGCUGCCUGAGAGUUUUUAACCAUUACAGCUGUGAUGAUGAAAGAGUGAAGAACCGCCUCUAAGUUAAAAAGUGUACCCAGAGAUAAGGUUCAUUCUCAAUGCCCUGCUGCUGCUCCUGAUCGCAUGGCCAACGCACUUCUCAGGCCUGGCACACUGAGCAUCAGUCCUGCGCAUGACACUGCUAGAUGGUGGGGUUGCAGACAUGAGCAUAGACACGACAGACACUGUCCUCGCCAUCUACUCUUGAGUACUGAUUGGAACAAGAGGAUUGUCUGUAGACAGGAUAUGGUCAUCAUGGCACCUAUAUUACUGAUUCUUUUGGGGGCCACUGAGAUACUACAAGCUGACUUACUUCCUGAUGAAAAGAUUUCACUUCUCCCACCUGUCAAUUUUACCAUUAAAGUUACUGGUUUGGCUCAAGUUCUUCUACAUUGGGAACCAAAUCCUGAUCAAGAGCAAAGGAAUGUUAAUCUAGAAUAUCAAGUGAAAAUAAACGCUCCAAAAGAAGAUGACUAUGAAACCAGAAUCACUGAAAGCAACUGUGUAACCAUCCUCCACCAAGGCUUUUCAGCAAGUGUGCGGACCAUCCUGCAGAACGACCACUCAUUUCUGGCCAGCAGCUGGGUUUCUGCUGAAGUUCAGGCUCCACCAGGGUCUCCCGGAACCUCAGCUGUGAAUUUAACCUGCACCACAAACACUACAGCAGAUAAUUAUUCACAUUUAAGGCCAUACCAAGUUUCCCUUCACUGCACCUGGCUUGUUGGCACAGAUGCCCCUGAGGACACGCAGUAUUUUCUCUACUACAGGUAUGGUUCUUGGACUGAAGAAUGCAAAGAAUACAGCAAAGACAUAUUGGAGAGAAAUAUCGCAUGCUGGUUUCCCAGGACUUUCAUCCACAGCAGAGGGCGUGACUGGCUUGUGGUGCUUGUUAAUGGCUCCAGCAAGCACACUGCCAUCAAGCCCUUUGAUCAGCUGUUUGCCCUUCACACCAUUGAUCAAAUAAAUACUCCACUGAAUGUCACAGCAGAGAUUGAAGGAACUCGUCUCUCUAUCCAAUGGGAGAAACCAGUGUCUGCCUUUCCAAGCCAUUGCUUUGAUUAUGAAGUCAAAAUACACAAUACAAGGAAUGGAUAUUUACAGAUAGAAAAAAUGAUGACCAAUGCAUUCAUCUCAAUAAUUGAUGAUUUUUCUAAGUACGAUAUUCAAGUGAGAGCAGCAGUGAGCUCCAUGUGCAGAGAGGCAGGGCUCUGGAGUGAGUGGAGCCAACCUAUUUAUGUGGCUGUGCGUUUUCUGCAGUACAUCAUCAUCUCGUCUUCCCUCCAUCCAUGAAGUUCAAAUGCCAAGCGUGAAACAAGGAAUGAUGAAAAUAAAAUUUCCCACGGUCAUGUCCUUGCCCGUAGAAGAGAGUAUUAUGUGGGUCUACCCUGCGCUUAUUUCCGACUGUGCCUUUGGUCAGGAUCAGUGGUUCUGAGACCUGCUUCUUCUGUGACAGACCACAGUCACUGCAAUUGCCCUUCAAAGAAAUGAUGGGUUUUGCUUUGACUUCACUGAAGGUAAAAUUUGAUGGCCAGGUUCUAUGCAAUAAUGCUACAGAGUACCAUUAAAAAUGUACUUUUUAAAAAGCUUUCUUUAGUCUUGAGACGUAUCGUACCUAUACCCAGAGGAGCAAACAAGACUCAGUGCAGUUUUCAGAUUGCUCAGUCAUGAGGUCACAGCAGACAAGGGUGACCUGUCUGCUGCCCCCAGCAGCUCCUUAAACAUGGAGAUGUAUUGUUCGUAGGAAAUCCUGCCCCCGCUGCACCCCACCCCCAGUAGCUCAAAUCCGGUCAGAGUUUGAGCUGGCGGGCAGGCGGUGGGGGUGAGGGGUGGGGUGGGGGGGAGGCGUGUCUCAGAGUCAUGUGACACACCCUAGAAUCUCUUAGGACUUAAUGAAAAUGGGUUGAGGCAGGGGAUCAAGGUGGCCUGUGGUAAUAUGGGCUGGAAGCAAGGCCACUCCAGGGAAACUCCUGUGACUUCUUCCUUUGACUUGACAUUCAAGGGCUGAUGUGGGUGGUGACCUGGUAACUUUGUCGUGCACCUAGAGUCACCUUUGGGACCAUCAAAUGCAUCUUCAUUUUCCAGUUUGCCUGCAUUGUGCCAACGUCCCACAGCUCCAACCUGAUUCUUUGGACUCUGACUCCCACUCGGAGUUCUGUUCUCUUCUCUUUGUCGCCCCUGAUCCCUACCCUCUCCCCCAGCAGCUCUUUCUUUUUAAAUUCUCACACUGUGGUGAAACAAGGAGAAAGAUGACAGGGAAGUGUUGUGUAAAGGUCCACCUGAGCUUUCCCUAGGCCUUCCAAAAUAGUCUUGCAAAACUCUUGCGAGGUUAGAGAUGGGAGCCUCUGGGUCUACACAGUAGCAAAAAUUGCUUAAAAAUAACAAGAGCUGACCCACUAACAACAUGAAAGACUCACUUAGGCUAACCUAAGACUAACACUGCUUAUUGUGGUUCUGGUUUUCCUGUGUAGACGGAUGGCAUGGUCACACUGCUUCCUUUGGUCCAGGCUGGUCAGACCCCAUGUGGCAGCCCCACAAUUUGCUCCCAGGAGAGGGGCGGGACUGCCUCACCCCAGUGGUCAUCCCAUUGGCCUGAAGGAGGACUAACAGAGAGCUUUCAGUGUUCAUCUCCAAACUCCAGAAGCAAGGAGUUCCCACAGCACUUUCAGGCACGGCCACCUCUAUUGGUGCCUACACUGCCCUUCUAGGCAUAAAUUCUGCCUUGUGGCAGGAUGGCAGCUUGGGGGAGGGAGGGACUCUGUCAGAGGGCCAGUUCCUGUGCAGGACACAUUCACCAACAUUAUCUUGUGUAUCCUGACACACAUGAUUUCCUAAUCACACAGGUGAGAAAAUAGGAAAGGAACUGCCGGAAGCCACAUAGAUAGAAGGUGUGACUCCUGGGUCUGAAACCCAGCCAGAGGAUUGGCUCCACAUCUGAGUUCUUUUUGAGAUGCUCCAUUGCCCCAGGGGUUAUUACUCCAGCCAGGGAAUCUGAGGUAGGAGAAUGGGCUACACUCAGGCAGAGGGACUGGAGGCUGUGAAAGCAGGAAGCUCUGCCAGCUCUUGACCCCAUCAACCUCUAUCUGGACAAGUUAUUGGGAAUGAAGUUAACAUCUUCAGGCUGUUCUUGUCUAAAUGUUCCUGUCCAAGAUCUUCAUAGUGUUCAUCUUAAUGAACAUUAUGAAGCCUAAGUCCUUGAAGGAUAGGAACACCCAUACCCUUUUCUCUUCCUCAGUGUCUGAAAUAUUUGGUGUGUGUUUAUUUCUCCUGACCUGAGUUUAUCACUCUGCAUUUUGAGAAUUCUGAUAGCACUUCAAUUUUGGCCUUGCUUUGAUGAAAGGGAAAUUAUCUUGAUGAAUUUGUUGACACAAUGCAUCUCAUCCUAAUCAUAGUUACAAUAAGUAAUAUUUAUUGAUAUUUAUUAAUAUUAAUAUGUAUCCAUACUGUGCUAAGCACUUCACAUGUAUUAAUCCAUUAAAUUCUUAUCCUUGUUUUAUAAUGCAGGACAUAGGCACUGGAGAGGCUACCCUGCUCAAAGUCAUCUUGGUAGCAAGUGACAGAACCAGAGCUAAACCUUUUUUUUUUUUUUUUUUUUUUUUUGAGACGGAGUCUUGCUCUGUUGCCCAGGCUGGAGCCAGUGACACAAUGAUCUCGGCUCACUUUAACCACCACCUCCCAUGGGGGUUCAAGAGAUUCUCCUGCCUCAGCCAUCAGAGUAGCUGGAGCCGGAGACAUGCCACCAUGCCUGGCUAAUUCUGUAUCUUUAGAAGAGGCAGGAUUUAAUCAUGUUGGCCAGGCUGAUCUUGAACUCCUGACCUCAAGUGAUCCGCCCACCUUGGGCUGCCAAAGUGCUGGGAUUACAGUCUGAGCCACCGCACUGGGCCUAGGACUAAACCUCUUUAUCCCUUGUUGCUUACUUCUGUGUGAUGACUACAUCCUCUGCAGCCAGCUUUCAUCUGCUUCAGCAGGCUGAUAAGACAGGCCCAGCAUCCCCUUACAGGGAAGAAAGUUCUGGGUUGCUUAGGGGCCCCAGAAGGUACAUAGCCCUUGGUGCUUUGUGGGAAAGCCUGCAGAGAAGAAAGGUGCUAUAAGGAAUUCCCCACUCAACUUCAUCAAGUCUAGUCCUACUGGGGGAUCAUGUAGACAAGCAGUAUUGCAGUGAGCCAUCCAGUUAAUCCUGAAUGCACACACAUGCACACAAAAUACACACAUGCACAAAAAUACACAGUCUCCAUUUCCUCUCUCUAUUGGGUUGCUUCAAGCCCAGUUCCACCAGAUGAACAUAGUGCAAGUCAUGUGUGUUUUUGCUCUGGGUCCUUCACUACUCUAUAUUUUGUUCACUGAGGCUGCAUUUUGCUGAUCUCUUUUUAUUUCUCUAAACCAGGUACUGCUCACAGUCCAUUUGACAGCUGUCUCGAAAGCUCAUUCACUUAAAAGCUUUGCUCCUGACUUGCUUGCACAGGGAGCCUGUGAUCUGGUUUGGGUGCUCAUUCAUAAAUGAUGCCACGGUCUCCCCUCCAACCUCAGGCAAGUCACAGGAAGCUAGUUAAACCCUGUAUCAUAGACUACCAUAUUGACAUCCUCUCAAUUAUCCAACCCUGUUGGUGCCAUUUGAACUUCUCCCAGCACCUGCCGGUUCUAAAAACACAGCAGGCCUGCUCUAUUGGAAGCAUCCCAUCAAUUUACUAAUUAGCUCUUUUCCCGGGAAACCUAUUGUUGAGUCUGAAAUCAGAUUCAAAAUCAAUAUGUAAGCAUUCAAAGUUCAUAGUUACAUGGACAAUUUAAGGUGGUACAGGCUUCCAAAUCAAAUUUACCUCCUAAGAGCUAAUAGUCUAAACCUCAUAGAUAUAGACUUCUAGAGCAAGAGGGGCUGCAGUUCUGAAGGGGAAGUGGCUUGACAAAGCUCCCAGAGGCAGAGCUGGGACUAGUUUGGGUCCAAUACCUGUAGUCCUUCUGCCCUCUGUGUAGCCACUGUCCCAGCCCAGCUGCACCCCAUGUUCCAUUCAAUAUACAUUCUAGGGUCAUAGAAGAAUAGCAGACUAUUGGCUUAUAUGCAAGGUCAAAUGGUUGAGAUGUCAAAAAUGAUGGAAACUGAAGUCCGCAGAAUCCAGACAACUGAAUUUCCCAAAUGCUGUAAGUUGACAAUGCCUAAAAAUCACCCAGAAAUCAAAUAGGGGGUUUGGAGGGCUUCUCCUCCUUACCAGGACAGGCUGUGUGACUUCUUUCUGAAACUCAUCUUUGCAUAACCAAAUGGCAGUGCUCAUUGAUUUCUUGAAAAGAAACAUCUGUGACUUCCUUUUAAAUGGCAAGAAAAGUAUUCUCCUUGAGUCACAGAAAAGAUUCAAAUUACCUGGAAAUACUUUUUUUUUAAUCUCCAAGGUUGGAGAUCCCAGAAUUCAAAUUAAGGCUAUAUUGUGGGAUCUCCCAACUUCUAUAGUAUCGAAAUUCUUAAUCAUUUUGACCCAAAGAAUGUAUACUUUCAGGAGGAUUCGCCCUACUUGUUCUACUCUGAGCAAAACCAGAGUAGAUGCUUAUUUUAAUUCACUAAUUUGCUGACAGUUUUUGCAUAAAUAAAUAGCAGAACAGUAGAUAAUCCACAAGUAAUUUCCACUUAGCAAUGAGUAUGUAAAAAGCUUUUCUUGUGCAAAAUUUCCCUGCCAAUUUGUGUUUUCUUCAAGGAAAAGCUGACCUUGUUGGGUUCUCAGGGGUUUUCAACUGCCUAUAGGGGAGUAGUCCUAAUGCAUUUGGGGCAACUGGAGAAGCCGGGCCAGGAGAGAUGACUAAUGUGCCAACACCCUCCCAGCAGUGACCAUGACUUUACUUCUCAUAUAGUACCUUGUGUGCAUCAAUAACUAUUUUUCAUUUAAUGAAAUAAAAUCUGUUGCCUCUACACUUUUGCUAAUUCAGUGAGGAUCUUCGCUUGUCAAAGUGAGGUCUGUAGUGAAUAACUCGACAGUGGUUUAACUGAAAAGAUUUUUGUAAUCAUGGUCAGAAGAAAACGGUACUUUUAUCAGGACUUACCACAUCAGGCUGGGGGUAUUGCACAAUUUGAGACACAAAUGUGACUGAGAGUGUGACCCUGAUAAUUAUUUACAACACUGCUCCUUUUUUUUCCCGAACCUGUACUUUUUCUGUUGGUUUAACUAGUUGUAAGCAGGAUAAAUUUUUCCUGCUGAUGUACCACUUGCUGAAUUUGUGUCCUGUGUAUAUGAACCCACAGUUUCUGAAUGUGGUUAUAGGAAUAUUUACAUAAUGUUUAAGAGCAUGGAAUAGUUUCAGAGACGGGAUGAUGAAGCAGGCUAAAUUCCUUAUUCAGGAAAUCAGACUGGGAAAUAAAGUAAGACAGUAUUUGAUUUGCUGGUAUUAGUUUGUCCCAGCUACUCUUUAUAUUACCUAAGAGAGAAUACAGUAAAAAAACAAAGUCUAACAGGGCAUUCAGUUCCAAUCCAGAGGACUGAAUAUUAAUCAUAGGACCACCGAAUAUCUGUAGGAUUUAGGAAAAUAAAAGUUUUGCCACUUUGAGGUUCUGUUUUCCAUCAUUUAACAAAAUGUGGUUAAUGCCUUUUUGUAAAACAAUAGACAUAAGUAUAUUUCAAAAUAAAACUUGAAAAAAAAUACUAUAGCCACAGGGCUGGGCGCAAUUGGUCACGCUUGUAAUCCCAGCACUUUGGGAAGCCCAAGUGGGAGGAUUGCCUGAGUCUAGGAGUUUGAGGCCAGCAUGGGCAACAUACUGAGGCCCUGUCUCUAUGAAAGAUCAAAAAA